CUUAUAGAUAAUGGAGGGUAUGGAAGAAGAGAAGAAGGUUGAUCCUGACCAGUGCCAAGGAUGCACAAAGAACUUUAAUGGAACUAAUUUCCUGAGACUGUCAUGCCCAGCUUGCAAGAGCUAUGUCAGAUGUAAGGAAUGAUUCAAGAAAACUAAAUAUCAGUGUGGGUACUGACUGGAGAACUGGGGUGUCAAGUCUCCUGAUGGCAAGGAGGAGCUGGUCUGCCCAGAUCUUGAUUUUGGAACCCCUGAGAUUGUAGAAAGCAUGUUUAUUACGAUUAGAGUCAGGAAUGAAAGGAAGAAGACCACUGACUUCCUAGUUAAUAAGACCAAGACUUUCAGGGUCCUCAUGGCGAUGAUUAAGUUUGGAAUUUAUGAAAGGAAAGCAGAUUUAGAUGAUACAACUCCAGAUCAUAUUGCUAAAUUGUUUUUGAAAGCUAAGAAAACUCCAAGUGUUAAGUUCAUGCAAGGAGAUACAAUGUUGCUUGAAGAUGCUAAAAUCAGCAGUCUUGGACACAAUGUAAUUAUCGAUCAAAAGGUCAAGUAUGAUGGAGGUUGGAGAGCCUCAUAAUAUCAUUUUGCUCACAUAAAAUUAGAAUCAUAA